AUGUCGAUAGGAGGGGCUAUUCUCCCACAUCGGCGGACAGAUGUUACAACGAGCAGGGAAAGCGGUGUCCGCCGAUGUAGAGCGCAAUCCGAGGCUCAUAACAGGGGCAAAUUAACCCAAUUCCGUUAUUUUGUGAUGAGAGACUGCAACGAACAAAAAUAAUACCACGUUUUUACGUGUUUUAUUUGGACACAUCUGUCCGCAGUUGGCGUCGUGCAGGGUCCGCCUCACGAAGUGGAGCGAAGAGUUGACAACAGCCGGGAAACAGGCUAGAGGAGACACUGUGGAAUAUCCAACGCCAGGGAGGGAGAGAGCGGACACGGAGCUGGAUGUAACCGGAUUUACCCUCCCCAGCGGUUCGCCAUGGGGGAGACCAAAAUUAUCUAUCAUUUGGACGACCAGGAAACUCCGUACCUGGUCAAGUUGCCCAUCGCUGCCGACAGGGUUACUCUUGCCGACUUCAAAAAUGCCCUCAAUAAACCCAACUAUACAUUUUUCUUCAAAUCUAUGGACGAUGAUUUCGGGGUGGUGAAGGAGGAGAUCUCAGACGACAAUGCCAAACUUCCCUGUUUCAACGGCCGGGUCGUGUCAUGGUUGGUGUCAGCAGAUGGUUCUCACGGGGGUUCCGAUGGGGGUUCUAUGUGUGCAGACAGCCAGGCAGAGCUGCCACCCCCUUUGGAGAGGACCGGCGGAAUCGGAGACUCAAGACCCCCCUCUUUUCAUGCGAACGCCUCCGGCAUUCAGGACAACGAGACAGAGACUGAGUCGGUCGUGUUGCUAGAGAGAGAGAGGGAGCGGGAGAGAGACCGGGGCAGGGAGAGGGAGAGGCCGCUAAGAAUAGAAAAAGACACUCAUGACCAUGGUGGCAGGUUGAAUGGUCACACGCGUCCAGAGCGGGAGACGCGGCGACCGGAGCUGGCGGGGUACGAGAGCUCAUCCACGCUGAUGAGUUCUGAGCUGGAGACGACGAGCUUUGUCAACUCUGAAGACGAUGACGCAUCUAGUCGGUUCAGUGGCUCCACGGAGCAGAGCACUUCGUCGAGGCUCAUGAGACGACAUCGGCGGCGGCGGCGGCGGAAACUCAAAGCGCCACGGAUGGAGAGGUCGUCCUCUUUCAGUAGCGUCACAGAUUCCACCAUGUCACUGAACAUCAUCACUGUCACUUUAAACAUGGAGAAGUAUAACUUCCUGGGCAUCAGCAUUGUGGGUCAGAGUAACGAGAAAGGAGAUGGAGGAAUCUACAUCGGCUCUAUCAUGAAGGGAGGGGCAGUGGCCGCCGACGGACGCAUCGAGCCUGGAGACAUGCUGCUGCAGGUGAACGACAUUAACUUUGAGAACAUGAGUAAUGAUGAUGCAGUAAGAGUACUGAGGGAGAUUGUGCAUAAGCCAGGCCCUAUUACUCUGACUGUGGCUAAGUGCUGGGAUCCUAACCCUCGAGGAUGCUUCACACUGCCGAGAAGUGAGCCGAUCCGUCCCAUAGACCCUGCUGCCUGGGUGUCCCACACCGCAGCAAUGACGGGGGCGUACCCAGUGUAUGGUAUGAGCCCUUCUAUGACCACCAUCACCUCCACCAGCUCCUCCAUCACAAGCUCCAUCCCUGAGACUGAGCGGCUCGAUGACUUUCAUUUAUCCAUUCACAGCGACAUGGCAGCAAUCGCCAAAGCGAUGGCCAAUCCAGAGUCUGGCCUGGAGGUUCGAGACAGGAUGUGGCUCAAGAUCACAAUCCCCUCCGCCUUCAUAGGCUCGGACGUGGUGGACUGGCUCUACCAUUACGUGGAGGGCUUCACUGACCGCCGUGAGGCCAGGAAGUAUGCCAGCAACCUGCUGAAGGCCGGCUAUAUCCGGCACACCGUCAACAAGAUCACCUUCUCCGAGCAAUGCUACUACAUUUUCGGAGACCUCUGUGGCAAUAUGGCUAACCUCUCACUGGGAGACCACGAUGGGUCGAGUGGGGCGUCCGACCAAGACACCCUUGCUCCCCUGCCGCACCCCGGGGCUGCCCCCUGGCCCCUGGCCUUCCCUUACCAGUACCCCAUCCCACAGCCCUACAACCCACACCCUCUGCACGAGCCUCCCCAAAGCCAACCUGAAAGGGGGGGGAGUGCAGACAGCCAGCACAGCGAAGAGAGUCGUAGCAGCGGGUCCAACUGCAGUGGCAGUAAGAAGGAAGAGGCUGCUGGGGGGGCAGGCGGUGGUGCUGGUAGUGGCGAGUCCAAGUCCACAGGGAGCGGCAGCGAAUCAGAGCUGAGAAAGGAAAAUGCUCCCAGUGAUCGCUCAGUGGCGGUUCCCCCUAACGAACACAGCAUGCACAGCCUGAUCAACUUGGCCCACAGUGUCCACAGCACCCAUUCCCACAGCGGUAGCCUGGUGUACGGACCCCCCUGCCUGCCAGCCCAGCCGCCGCCCUCCCUCCCCAUGACGGCCCCCCCUGGGUCGCCCCCGGGCCGAGACCUAGCCUCCAUGCCCCCCGAACUCACCGCCUCACGACAAUCAUUCCGCAUGGCCAUGGGCAACCCCAGUGAGUUCUUCGUCGAUGUCAUGUGAUGUGUGAUCCAGAGGGCGGAUCCUCACUGCAUGUGUUCAGGAUGUCCUGGUACGGAGAGGAAGGAGGUGGUGGAGUAGGAGGAAAGGAGGUAGAGGCUAAGAGAAAGACAGGCGGUGCUGAGAGGAAUAUGGUUGUAACUGCAUAGCUCUCUUUCUGUCUGUCUGUCGCCAGUGUUGUGGCGCCUGUACUUUCUUCAGUGAAGAAAAUUGGUGUGGAUGCAGUUCUCUCUCCUUGAUACCCAUUAAAUAGACAAUUUUGUUCAUGUGUUCUUUUCCACAUCAAUUUGAGUGUGUGUGUGUGUCUGUGCCUGUGUGUGUAUAUGAGUGAGUGAAUAUGUUGUUGGAAUUGAAUGUUUUAUUUUUGUCAUUUUCUCCCUUUUCCUCUACAUGUGUCCCAUUCAACUGUGAUCGAAUCUCUGUGGAUCCUCCAUUGCAAACCCUCUUUAAAAAUCAACACAGUCCAUACUAGAUGGGAGAAGGCUCAGAAAGAGAGAGAGCGAUAGAGAGCGACUGUGGACCAUAGAGAUCCUAUUAAAUUACUAUUCUAAUUUAAAAAAUAUAUAAUUCCUAAUUUUAUACUGUGGACAAGGUUGUGUUCAUUAGGGCAUGCAACGGUUAAAAAACAUUUAGCAACAGGAAACAAAAAUUAUCCUUUCUUAUUGGAGAAAUAGGUUCAGGUAGUCCCUCCCUGUUUGUCUAUUUUCUUCCAUUUGGUGCCUAAUGAACAUGUCCCAGGUCCCAUGAAUGUGUUAAGGAUGUUGGUGUUUCUCUUUGUGAGUGUUCUCUGAGCUGACUCAAAUGAGCGUCCGAAAUAAAACAUAGAAAAUGAAA